AUGAAGCUGCUGAAGCCGAGCUGGGUGAGCCACAACGGCAAGCCCAUAUUUUCCGUUGACAUCCACCCUGAUGGGACAAAAUUUGCAACCGGGGGCCAAGGAGAGGAUUCGGGCAAGGUGAUGAUCUGGAACAUGGCGCCAGUCCUUAGAGAGGAGGAUGAGAAGAAUGAGAAUAUUCCCAAAAUGCUUUGCCAGAUGGACAAUCACCUAGCUUGUGUGAACUGUGUGCGCUGGUCCAACAACGGGCUGUACCUGGCAUCAGGAGGAGACGACAAGCUGGUCAUGGUGUGGAAGAGAGCUGCAUUCAUCGGUCCGAGCACAGUGUUCGGGUCGAGCAGUAAGCUGGCCAACGUGGAGCAGUGGAGGUGUGUCACCAUCCUGAGGAACCACACCGGAGAUGUGAUGGACGUGGCGUGGUCUCCUCAUGACGUGUGGCUGGCCUCCUGCAGCGUGGACAACACCAUCGUCAUCUGGAACGCUCGCAAAUUUCCAGAGAUGGUGACAUGUCUGCGAGGACACACUGGGCUGGUUAAAGGUCUGACGUGGGACCCGGUGGGGAAAUACAUCGCCUCUCAGGCCGACGACCACAGCCUCAGAGUGUGGAGGACAAUGGACUGGCAGAUGGAGGCCAACGUCACCAAACCCUUCAGCGAGUGUGGUGGGACGACCCACGUCCUGCGUCUGUCCUGGUCUCCAGACGGUCAGUAUCUGGUGUCGGCUCACGCCAUGAACAACUCCGGUCCCACCGCUCAGAUUGUGGAGAGAGAUGGCUGGAAAACGAAUAUGGACUUCGUCGGCCACCGUAAAGCUGUCACAGUGGUGAAAUUUAACCCAAAGAUCUUUAAGAAGAAGCAGAAAAACGGCAGCGCUCAAAAACCCGGGUGUCCGUACUGCUGCUGCGCUGUUGGCAGCAAAGACCGGUCGCUCUCCGUCUGGCUGACCUCUCUGAAGCGCCCUCUGGUGGUCAUCCAUGAUCUGUUUGAUAAAUCGAUUAUGGACAUAUCCUGGACUCUGACAGGUCUGGGGAUGUUGGUGUGUUCGAUGGACGGCACUGUGGCCUACCUGGACUUCUCACUGGAUGAACUGGGAGACCCGCUAAACGAGGAGGAGAAGAACAGCAUCCAUCAGAACAUCUACGGUAAGAGUCUGGCUAUAACCAGCACAGAGGCUCAGCUCUCCACCACCAUCAUCGAGAACCCUGAGAUGCUCAAAUACCAGCAGGAGCGCCAGAACUCAAUCCAGGCCAACUCAGGACUGGGCAGCGCCGGGCCUGAAUCCUCGGCCCCUAAACUCAACAGCAUGAUGAACGGAGAGUCUCUCGAGGACAUCAGGAAGACCCUCCUGAAGAAACAGGUUGAGACGAGAACUGCAGACGGACGAAGACGAAUCACACCGCUCUGCAUUGCUCAGCUGGACACCGGGGAUUUCUCUCCCGCUCUGUUCAACAGCGCUCCCAUCCUGCCGUCGGGCUCCUCCAUGUCCAACCAGCUCACCUCCCAGCUCAGCUCAGACUCCAGCCCAGGACAGGCCUCUUCUCUGGGGCUUCGGCCCAUCCACGACCCCAUGCUCACCUCGCCUCCACCCAACAGCGCCACAAAGGGCCUGGAGGACGGUCUGAAGUCCAGUCUGCUGCUCACUUCUGCCUCCAAGAUCGAGCCGAUGAAAGCUUUGGACUCAAGGUUCACAGAGAGGUCAAAGGCCACAACGGGGGUCACAGCCGUCAUAUCCUCCAUCUCUGGACUCAUGCCUCUGGACAGCAGGCCCAAAGACGGCCUCUCCUCUCUGAAAGACAUGAAAUCCAAAGACGACACCAGCAGCGACAGCGAAGACAAAAUGGCCUCGAUCAACAAAAACCUGAUGUUGGGCAAGAGGAAACCCGAGCUGCUGAUAGAUGCAGGAGAGGUGGUGGAGAAGAGGAAGAAGGGACGGCCCAGGAAAGACAAGAUGGCUGCACCCACCGCCCAACCAUUCACUCAGAUGACUCCCACCGCAGAGCGGGAGCCAAGCAGGGUGGCAGCUCCUCCACCUCCUGUAGCUGCUCUCAAACUGCCAACACCCAGUAUAAAGAAGACCUUCAGUCUGCAGGUAAGCAUGGAACCAUCUAUGUUCCUGGAGGUGGAGAACGAGGUGUCGGUAGUUGCGGGUUCAAAGCUCAGCCAGCUGCGAUGCUCCAGAGACGGACGGGACUGGAACACACUGCUGCCCAGCUCAGUGAUCACUGCUGCAGGGAGCAGUGACAUCCUCGCCGUUGCCUGUCAGGACAGGAUGUUGUCAGUGUUCUCUUCCUGUGGGCGGCGGCUGCUCCCUGCCAUUCAGCUGGCCACGCCUGUGUCAGCUCUGCACUGCUCGGCCCACUUUGUCAUGGCUCUGACGGCUGGGGCUGCGCUGUCUGUCUGGGAUGUUCAUAAACAAAAGGCUCUGGUGAAGAACGAGUCUCUGCUGAGCAUUUUACCAGGGGCUGACACCACAGUGUCUCAGUCUCUGCUGACCCAGCAGGGCGUUCCAGUCGUUGGACUCUCCAACGGAAAGUCCUACUGCUUCAGCUCCUCACUGGAGACAUGGACGUUAAUAGCGGAUAAAGGAGACUCUAUGGUCCAGUGUGCUGACUUCAGGAGCUGCCUACCUACCCAGGAUGCACCUGUGUCCUCAGGGCCACUGGCUGUCAUGCAGGGACGCAACCUCAAUGCUGGUCGGCUGGCGUCCCGCCUCUCCUCCACCCCUCACCACCUGCAGCAGAGCAUGACGUUGGCCUUCCUGGAGAAUCAGCUGGCGUCUGCUCUGACUUUGCAGUCAGCACAGGAGUAUCGCUACUGGCUGCUCAUCUACACCCGUUUCCUUGUCAACGAAGGUUCAGAGUUUCGUCUCCGAGAACUCUGCAAGGAGCUGCUCGGUCCCGUCCACAAAUCAGCAGCGACAGCCUGGGAGCCCACCACUCUGGGUCUACGUAAGCGCGAGUUGUUGCGGGAAGUCUUACCUGUCAUCGUUGAAAACCUGCGAUUCCAGAGACUGUUCACCGAAUACCAGGACCAGCUGGAGCUACUGCGCAACAAAUAACACACACUGCUGCCCACACACACACACACACUGACAACACACAUGCCUGGACUCAUCAUGAAACCAGUUUGGUUCUUCCAGUUCGACUCGGGUGAACUCUGACUGCUUAUCGUCAACUGAAGAAGCUUGAAAUGCUGUUUGGGCUGAAAGCUGCAAAACAGAAAAACUUCAUUCACGGCGAGUCCACAGCUUUCAAAGUUUGGGGACUUUCAGUGCUGUCGCUCACUGGGAAGAAGUGGCGGGUGCUUUGGAUUUUUUUCUUCUAAUCACAAUCUUAGUUCCAACUCACGUGUUCUGUCGGUUUUUGUUUUUUUUUAACCUAUGCACCUCUCUCCUGCUCCUUGAACUAAAACAUAUUUAAUUAAGAGAGGUUGUGUUACAAAUGUUGCUGGUUGGAUCCCUGCAGCGCGAUACAUCUUUCUCAAGUCUGUUUCUCUCCUCCGAGAGAGUGAGCAGAGGUGAGACAGUGAAAAAGGAAAUAGAAUAAAUCAAAAUGGAUGUAAAGGAGCAAUAUGCUUGUACCAAAGUGAUGCCUUCAAGUGUAAAAAUAACCACACAACUCUAUCUGCAAAGUGAAGGAAAUGAAGGGCAUCAUUAAAAAAAGGUUCAAAUGGGUUUUUAAAGGCUGAUGGGCGAAGUUUUCUGAGUGUUCUGGCUGAAGAAAAUGCCAAUGCCAACAUUUGAAGUCACAGGUCACCGCGAAGAAGAUAAUCAAACUUAUGACACCACUGGAAAUGUAAUGGUAUAUUCAGAGAUACAGGAUGGACCUCGAUUUUUAAGGGAUGCCUUUUUUGCAGCUAAUCCUAACCUAUGAGAGCAUUCGCUCCAGUCAGAGCACUUCAAGCAUGUAAGAGUAGAAAAAUGUGCACAAAGCGCUGCAGAAUUUACGGUGGCCGACGACCGCCCAAAACGAUGCAAUAAAAAAAACACAAAUGUGCCAAAACACGCGCAAAUUAAAAAAUAUCUUCACCAAGUUGACGAAACGUGCGCAGCAUUUACUAAAAGCACUGCAUAAAAGAAACGCUGCAAAUAAAAACAAUGUAAGAAGCUCAAAACACAACAGAAACGGGGACACUAAAAAGUGAUGCACACAGCUGGGACCAGAGCACACAGUCACAGUUGGCACACUGUGACUGGAAACUUACCUCAAAUGUACAUUGUAUUGGCUUGUUUAAAAAAUGCGAUCCCAGGAAUCCUUCUGAUAUUAUUGCUGAUCUGCUGUCAGCUAGCUAGCCUAGCUAACAUAUAGCUAACCUAGCUAGCCUAGCUAACGUAUAGCUAACCUAGUCAUUUCAUUUAUACUGACAAAACACUUACAAUCGUGAAACAGGCCAACUCAGCCAACAGUGACAGUUGGCCAACUUUAUGAUCCCAGAACAUCAACAAGUGCUCCGGUCCCAGCGCUGCGUCACUUUUGAGUGUCCCUGUUUUCGUUGUGUUUUGAGCUUCUUCCUGCAUUUAGUUUGAGCAGCUUUUUGAGUAAACACUGCUCAUGUCUUGUCAAGUUGAUGAAGAUGUUUCUUCAUGUGUUUUGGCUCAUUUGUGUUUUUAUUUGCAUCGCUUUUGAGCCCAUUUCUCCUAAUGGAAGUGUAGCGUAGGUCGACCACCGUAGCAUUUAGACUAAAGAAACUAAACACAAGUAAGGAAACACGAUGGCAGUGCCGGAAUCCAUUUUCACAUCUUAUCUGCAACAAAGGUAGACGGAAGUACAAGCUUUGGGUGCAAGUUAGCAUUAUUUGAAAUAACUAAAUGUUUCACACAUUGUUAUCUUUGCUUUUUACCUCAACUUUAUAAGCACCUAAUCAAGAUUAUACAUUUAGAUUAUUUGUCAAAGAAAAAGCAUUUAACAUGAGUGCAUAAAAAGUCCUAUUUGUAUUGUGUUGGCUGAAUGAAUGUAGAUCUACAGGCGUAACCAUUACUUAACCUCCAUGAAGUCUGAGAAUAAAUCAUAUUUACUGUGGACUUAGAAAAAGAAAUUGGCUGAAUUGCUCAGCAAGGUGGGAAUGAAGUACACACAGGUUUAACAAAAGCUCGACAAUGAAUCUAGUAAAGUGAACUCGUGCCAACGUUACAUCCGUACAUAAUUAUUGUAAAUAUCAGCAGCUGCCUGAGGACAUUUGCUGAUGAGCAGGAAAGACUCAUUUGUGCAGAUCUUCAAGGCAUAUCAUGUGUAUGAAACGGAUCUUUGGGGUAAUAAAAAAUCCCUCGUGUGUCAGAUUCACGACAUCCGAUUUAGCUUUUGUUCCCCCUCCCCCCAAAAAAGGCUAAUAUGAUCCACUUUUUGAACGGCUGUGACCAGACAUGGUGAACGGAUAAUGUUAUAUAUAUAUAUUUUGGUCUGUUUCACUUCCUGUAUCUCGUAAAUACCCCAAGUCUAAUUGCUGCACCAUUGGUUUACAUGUUCUCUCUGUUGCCGGGCAAGAAACACCCCAAAAAUGUUUUUCAGGACAGACAGAGGGAUUUUCUUUUGUCUCACAUGCAUUAACUUGACAUUUGUACAGGUUUCAAAAGCACAGCGGUCAUGAAACCUCAUUGGACUUCUCGUGGAUAAAAAGUACUUGUUUAGCCUUUUUUGUCUACCUCUGCCAAUUCAUAUAUAACAGUAGAGAGAGCUUAUGCUCGCUGUAUCUGACAGUGUGGAGACACACAGAGGAAGAAUUCAUCUAUCAAUCUGCACAGCAUUUAUUUUUCCUUCUUUCCUUUUUUUCCCGCUGUAAGUCAUUUUUAAAUGUUUGUACAAGCAAUUUCUUUUUUCAUUUUCUAUAAGAAAAAAAGAAUGAGAAGAGCUGAGUUGUUGCUUUUGAGGAAAGAACUUGAAAAAUAAAUGAGGAACAGUUGGGGUUUGGUAAUUCCCUGAGUGGUGUUUCUUCACUGAAUGUGUGGUGAGAGCCAUUGUUAUACUAGUAAAGCGUAUACCUGGAUCCAAA